ACUAUGACUGAGAAGAGAUCACGCAGCUCUUCUCGAGAGCCUCCUCAGAAACGGAGGGACACUUCUACUCAGGGCUCCAAAAGAGAAAAGAAAGGCAGUCAAAGCUCAGGAAGAUCUAGAUCUGGAAGGGUUAGCGAGCCCAGCAAGAAUGAUACUAAGGUUUCCACUGUGGUGGACGUGGAUGAUGUGGUGGCUUCAGAUCAGGAGACAGAAGUUAUGGCUCUUCUGGAAAGUGGACAGAAGGAUGAAGUCUUAAAGCCUACAGGUCUCCGAGUAUGUGAAGUGCUCCUCAUUUCCUGCUGUCACCUGCUGCUAAUCCUCACUUUCCCUCUCUCCAUCUGGUUCUGUGUCAAGAUCGUACGGGAGUAUGAGCGAGCUAUUAUAUUUCGACUAGGGCGAUUGUUGCCUGGGCGAGCUAGAGGACCAGGGCUGUUUUUUUACCUCCCGUGUUUGGAUAAGUGUCACAAAGUGGACUUCCGCAUAAAGACCUUAGAAGUUCCUUUUCACCAGAUUGUGACCAAGGAUCUGGUUACUUUAGAGGUUGAUGCAGUUUGUUACUACCGCUUAGAAAACGCCUCUCUCUUUGUGACUAGUGUGAGCAAUAUCUCCAGUGCACUGCAACUACUGAUCCAGAGCACAACAAAACGCAUUCUGGCACAUAAAGCAUUUGCCGAUAUCUUGCUGGAAAGAAAAUUCAUUGGAGAGGAAUUGAAGGUGGCUUUGGAUGCUGUAACUUGUCAUUGGGGGAUUAAAGUGGAAAGGACAGAAAUUAAAGAUGUAAACCUGCCAGAAGAAGUCAAGCAAACAAUGGCAAUAGAGGCAGAAGCACAAAGACAUGUUAAAGUGAAGGUACUUGCAGCAGAAUGUGAGAAGACUGUGUCUGAAUUACUGAAAGUAGCAGCAGAAACUUUAUCUGGAUCUCCCACUGCAAUUCAGCUCCGUUACCUGCACACUUUGCAGUGUAUGACAUCUGAAAAACCUGCCACCUUCCUAGUGCCUUUCCCUUUUGAACUUAUGAACCUCAAUGUUUUGCCCAAAGUGCAGCAAAACAACAUAGAUUCACCCAAGUCUGAUACAGAAGCAGAUAAGGAUCCCAAGAAGGACUCACCGAUGUUGUAAUAGAAUAAUCACUCUGAUAAGGUGUACCUGAUGUAC